UUCGACGCUACCCUCGCUCAAAAAGCAGCAACCUCCGUGGCGAACCGAUGGAGCAGUGGAGGAGCGCAGCCAGAGAUGACGCCGCGCUCACCGCCACCGUCGAUCUCACCAGGUGAUCUACCGUCCUUGGCCGGCCAGUGCUCGACGAAGCGCGGCCUCCGCCUGCUCCACGGCGUUCUCCUCCGCCGCCGCCACCUCCUGCCGGCCGCCGACGCCGUUGCGUCGCUCGCCAAGCUCCUCCGCUUCGCCGCCGUCUCCCCCGCGGGCGACCUCCGCCACGCAGCCGCCAUGCUCUCCCUUCACCUCCCGUUCGUCUCGUUGGCCUCCUCCCACCUCGCCUUCUUCUACAACACCCUCAUGCGCGGCCUCGCCGCGUCCUCCUCGCCCGGCUCAGCCAUCGAGCUCUUCGCCGCGAUGCGCCGCGCGGGCGCCGCCCCCGACGCCUUCACCUUCACAUUCGCCCUCAAGUCAUGCUCGCGAUGCGUGUCGCGGUUGCGGUUGCCCUGUGACCUCCACGCCCAGGCGAUCAAACACGGUUGCCUUGGCGCGGGCAGCUCCCACGUGCAUGUCUACAAUGCGCUGCUCCACGCCUACUCGUCUCGGGCGGCGGCGGGCGACGCGCGCAGGGUGUUUGACGAAAUGCCUGCUCGGGACGUGAUCUCCUUCUCAGGUCUGCUGACUUUGCACCUCAAGGCCAACGAUUUGGGUGCCGCACGCGUGGUGUUCGAUCAGAUGUCUCACCGGGACGUUGUUUCUUGGACUGCCAUGAUAUCUGCGUAUGCCAGGGCACGACGUCCACGGGAGGCCUUGGCAUUGUUUGAUGCAAUGCCGGUGCAGCCAGAUGAAGUGACCAUGCUGAGUGUAGUGUCAGCAUGCACUGCACUCGGGGACCUUGCAACUGGGGAGCGUGUGCGUCAGUAUGUUGAUUCCAAUGGCUUCGGGUGGAUGGUAUCACUCCGUAAUGCACUCAUGGACAUGUAUGCUAAGUGCGGGAGCCUCAGCGAAGCACGCUCUUUGUUUGAUGGCAUGACCGUAAGGAGCUUGGCAUCUUGGAAUACAAUUAUCUCGGCAUAUGCAUCACAUGGUGAUGUGGAGAGGACAGUUGCUUUGUUUCAUCAGAUGCUGGCCGAUGGCAAAGCUGUGAAGCCUGAUGGGGUAACACUGCUUGCAGUUAUCACCGCAUAUGCACACAAGGGCCUUGUCGAGGAGGGACGUGCAAUGUUCAAUGCAAUGCUAAGUGGCAACUACGGUAAAGUGGAUCUCGGCAUCGAGCAUUAUGGGUGCAUGGUGGAUCUGCUUGGUCGGGCAGGGCAACUUGAGGAAGCAUACAAAAUGAUAGAGAAAAUGCCAAUUCCGAGCAAUAGUGUGGUCUGGGGUGCUUUACUUGGUGCAUGCCGGACACAUGGGGAUAUCGGCAUGGCAGAGCGGGCGGUCCAGAAGCUAAGGAGCCUGAACCCGGAGGAGGGUGGGUACUACAUUUUGCUCAGCGACAUGUACGCUGCUUCUGGACGAACAGCAGAGGCCGUGGAGAUCAGACGGAUCAUGAACCUGUCUAGGGCCCAAAAGACUAUAGGCCAGAGCAGCUGGAGCACACCCUGUCUGACUCAGUUGUAAUUUUUCCAAGGUUGAAUUUCACCAGAUUUUUCCAUUUGGAUCACUAGCAUAGCCAGGUGGUGACGUGGUGUAUACUACAUUUGCUAUCCUACAGAAAUGGGUUAGGAAGCACAACAGUUAUUGUAAAGGGGAUCGUUUUUUUAACAAAUUGUGGAGGGAUUUUUUUUAAGAAUUCAUUUCACCAA